AUGGAAGGUGUCCAGGGUCGAGAUUUCAACCAGAUACGACCUCUGAAUAUUAAAUUGUCCGUCUCUCUUUCCUUUUCGGGUUCUUGUAUCGCAAGUUUGGGUAACACGAAGGUUAAAUGUCUAGUAAAUUUACCAAAACCAUCGAAUAAAAAGAUAUUUGGAGACUCUGGAUAUAUGAAUUUGGAAAUAAAGUCAAAUUCCUCGGUACAUUCGAGCAAAACUCUGGAUAUUUUAAGGACUUCCAUACUGGAGGUCUUUGAAAGGCACAUUAUAUUCAAGGAUUAUCCACGCCAAGUCAUAGAUGCAUUCUUAAUAAUACAAAACGAUGACGGAGGGCUUCUGUCUGCAUCGUUGAUGGGCUUAUGUCUAGCUCUAAUCGACUGUGGAAUCCAUGUCUCUGACAUUAUCUCCGCCUGUUCACUGGUACGUAUAUCGAAGCAGACAUAUCUAUAA